AUGGCAUUUUUUGCUCUUCCCCUGGCCCUAUCUGGGACAGCACAAGUUAUUUAUACAUUAAAUACAAAAGUCGAUGAACAUGAUACAUUAGUAUUCAAUUUAAAACAAGCAUUUGAACAAGAAAAAUCUGUACUAGCAAAUAAUGCAUCAUCGAGAAUUGAUGAUUUACUUCAUCGUGUUGAAAAACUCUCAUCUAUUAAAACUACACAAAACUCUUUAUAUGAAAAUAAAAUUCAAAUGCUUGAAUCUGAAAGACAAAAUCAAAUCAAUGAAGUUUCACGUAUUCAACAAUCAUCCAUUGAACGUGAGCGUGAAUUAACGGAAGAUUUUCGAACGAAAAUAUCUAAUCUCAAACAAGAAAUCAAUCAGAUAAAACAAACUUAUGAUAAUCAAUUAAAAAAUCUUAGUAAAGAACAUAAACAAAUACUUGAUAAUCUUAAUGAAAAACAUCAAACAGAUAUUGAAAAUUUAAAAAUUGAAUCGAAACAUUUAUUUGAUGUUGAAACAAAAGCACAAACGAAAUUUUAUACACAAAAUAUUGAAGAAUUAAAACGUAAAUAUAAUGAUUUAUUAUCGAAAGAAAAAAAUCAAGAAAUGUCAAAAGAUGAAUUAGGACAAGAAUAUUUAAAAGAAAAAAAACAAUUAGAAAAACAAAUCAAAUUAUUUGAAGAUGAAAUUGAACAAAUGAAAAAUAAAUUUCAACUAGAUUUACUCGAACAAAAAAAUCAAUAUGAUAUGAAAUCAACUGAAUAUAAACAAUUACAAGAUGAAUUCGAACAAUAUAAAUAUAAUUUUAAAAUUAAUUCUAAUAAUCUCAGUGAAUAUAAUGAACAAUUGAUAAAACAAAAUAGUGAAUAUGAACAAUUAAAACAAAAAUUUGAUAAAACUGAUCGAGAAAUGAAUACAAUCAAAGAACGAUGUAAUCGACAAGUUAAUGAACUUGACGAAAAAUCAAAACUUCUCAAAGAUAAAGAAGUAUCGAAUCGUCAAUUAGAAGAUGAUUUAACAAAUUGUCGUAAAGAAUUACAAAUAACAUCAGAACGUUUACGACAAAUUGAACAAGAUCAACAUGCACAAGUAACACAAUCAGAAUCAACAACUAAUUAUCUCGAACGACGUAUUCAUGAAUUAGAUAAAACAAUUCGUGAAUUAACCUAUGAAAAACAACAAAUUAUGGUAAAAUAUGAUCGUGAAUUAACAGAUCUACGUGAUACAUAUGAAAAUCAAGUUGACUUAUGUAAAAAAGAGAUGCAAAAUGAACUUGAAAGAUUAAAUGAACAUCAUCAACAAUUAAUCAAUGAUGAACAAACAAGAUCACGUACUAAAUUACAAGCUAAAGAACAAGAACUUCGUCAACAAUAUGAAUUAGAUAAAACAAAUCUUCUGUCACAAUGGAAAAAUGAAGUUAAUCUUAGUAAAUCUGCGCAAAAUGAAAUUAAUCAACAAUUAAAUCAAUUAAAAGAAUCUUAUAUGAAACAAAUUGAUGAAUUAAGAACUCGUUUGGAAGAUAGAGAAAAUAAAUAUUCGAAUAUUGAACAACAAUUAAAUGAUACUCAAAUAUCAAAUAAUGAAUCUAUAAAACAAAUUGAAAAACUUCGUUCAGAUUUAGAAAAACAAUUGAAAACAACACAACAAUUUCAAAUUGAAUGUGAUCAUCUAAAGAAACAUUGUAAAGAUUUAGAAAUACAUUCACAAACGGAAUUAAAAGAUAAAAUUGAUAAAUUAGCAUUAGAUUUAAAUGAAAAAAUGGACAAAAAAACUUAA